AUGCGGAAGCACUCUCUGUUUUCCUUCCUAACCUGUUGUCGUCGUCGUCGGUUUUUCUCCCAAUUCAUUCCCCACGACCUAUACGAUCCGCCGUUCUCUCCCUCUCCGAAACUCCAAAAAAUAAACGGAGAUGGUUCAGCGAAUCUGCCUCUCAAAUCGGAUCUUCCAUUCCACUUCAGAUACUCCUAUUCAGAAACCGACCCCUCUAUUAAACCCAUCAGCUUCCGCGAAUCGCCCAAGUUCUCUCCAUUCGGCCCAUCCCGCCUCGACCGCAAAUGGACCGGCACCUCUGCCCCGGUCAAUCAUCCAGUCGACCUCGACAGAAUUCAAGAGGAGCGUAACAGGAUUCUGGGAGCCCCGCUAGAGGACCACGAGGUCUCCCAACUGGUGGAGCGCUACCGUCACAGCGACUGCUCUAGACAAAUCAAUUUAGGGAAGGGUGGAGUCACUCACAACACCUUGGAUGACAUCCAUAACCAUUGGAAGAAGGCUGAAGCUGUGAGGAUUAAGUGUUUGGGUGUGCCAACUCUAGACAUGGACAAUAUCUGCUUCCAUCUUGAGGACAAAUCUGGUGGCAAAAUCAUCUACAGAAACAUCAAUAUACUCCUCUUGUACAGAGGCCGCCAUUAUGACCCAGCUAAACGUCCACUCAUACCGCUUAUGCUCUGGAAGCCUUAUGCACCAAUAUAUCCUAAACUUGUUAACAAUGUCAUCCAAACCCUCACGCAUCACCAAACUAAACAAUUGAGAAAUAAGGGAUUCAACUCUCAUCCUCUCAUGAAACUCACCAGAAAUGGUGUUUAUGUGAAUGUAGUGGAGAGGGUCAGGGAAGCGUUUAAGACUGAGGAGGUUGUCAGACUGGACUGCACUCAUGUUGGUACAACUGACUGCAAAAAGAUUGGAGUCAAGCUAAGGGAUUUAGUGCCAUGUGUCCCUAUCUUGUUCAAGGAUGAACAGAUAAUCAUUUGGAGAGGAAAUUUAGAUCAAGAACAGUGUUCAGACCCAUAA